AGAAGGCUGGUUGUUGUGCUGCAGUUGGCAGGCUGCUGCGGGAGGCGGUGGCGAUAGGAAGCUGGAGGCAGAGCGGUGACUGGUAGGCGGCGGUGCUGUCUUUGGGGGACGGAAAGUGCUAAAUGAGGAGGGCUUUUCUUCUUCUCCGGCUGCGGACUCUAUAGAGGGGAAGCUGACGAGGGUGGUCUGGGAAGGCGGUAGCCAGACCGUUGAUGGUUCCGGAACCUCGUAAACCAGCUAAACCCUCCAGUAAAAUGUUGAAUAGAAAUGAUGAUAAUGAUCAUCUAUGACUUGUUUUCCGCUUGAAAAGGUGUGUUGAAGAUUCCUUGUAGCCCAGUAUGUGGUCAGUUUGGGUUUGGGAAAUAUUUAACUCUCAACAAAUGAAUUCCACACUUGAACUCUGCUGCAUUCCUGUGCCACCUCCUCCUUUAGAAAACUGAUUUUAACACAGCAUUAAAGAAGAAUAGAAGGUAAAAGAAGAUGCUGGGAUCUGAACGUGGUGUUGUGGAAGAAUGGUUGUCAGAAUUCAAGGCAUUACCUGACACUCAAAUCACCAACUAUGCAGCAACUUUACACCGGAAAAAAGCACUUGUACCAGCCCUCUAUAAAGUUAUUCAAGAUUCAAAUAAUGAGCUCCUGGAACCUGUUUGCCACCAGCUAUUUGAACUCUAUCGUAGCUCUGAAGUUCGACUGAAGAGGUUCACGCUACAGUUCUUACCAGAAUUGAUGUGGGUUUAUUUACGGCUUACAGUUAGCCGAGACAGACAGAGUAAUGGUUGCAUUGAAGCACUUCUGUUAGGAAUUUAUAAUUUGGAAAUUGCUGAUAAAGAUGGAAAUAAUAAAGUUCUAUCUUUCACUAUCCCUUCCUUAUCCAAGCCUUCAAUAUACCAUGAACCCUCAACAAUUGGAUCUAUGGCUUUGACAGAAGGGGCUUUGUGUCAACAUGAUCUCAUCAGAGUUGUUUAUAGUGAUCUUCAUCCUCAGAGAGAAACAUUCACUGCACAAAACAGGUUUGAAGUCCUGAGUUUUCUCAUGCUAUGUUAUAAUUCUGCUAUUGUGUAUAUGCCUGCCUCAUCUUACCAAUCUCUUUGUCGUAUGGGCUCCAGGGUUUGUGUGAGUGGGUUUCCACGACAACAUGAAAAACACUGGAAAGAACUCUGUGGUCGAAUAGUAUUGGAUCCUGAAUUUAUGGUGCAACUUCUCACAGGGGUUUAUUAUGCCAUGUAUAAUGGACAGUGGGAUGUUGGCCAGGAAGUUCUCGAUGACAUCAUUUAUAGAGCGCAACUAGAACUUUUUUCUCAACCACUAUUGGUUGCCAAUGCCAUGAAAAACUCAUUACCAUUUGAUGCUCCUGAUUCUUCACAAGAGGGCCAGAAAGUACUUAAAGUGGAAGUCACCCCAACAGUGCCGAGGAUUUCUCGGACUGCAAUUACAACAGCUUCAAUCCGUCGGCAUAGAUGGAGAAGAGAAGAUGGCUUUGACUUCUCAAACGAGGCUGACUCGAGUAUUCCUGGCUCCCCGAUCCAACACGGCUCCACUGACCUAGGGAUCAAACGUGUGCAAGAGGGGGAGGUGCUGGUGCGCAGGACCCCUGAGCAUGGCUCGCCGGAGCCCAACUCGGCAGCAGCCACAACAGAGGGUGCUGAGGGUGUAAAUGGAGGAGAGGAGUCUGUAAACCUGAAUGAUGCAGAUGAAGGAUUUUCAUCAGGGGCUUCCCUCAGCAGCCAGCCAAUUGGGACCAAACCAUCCUCUUCUCAGAGGGGAAGCUUACGGAAAAUAGUAACUGGGCGUUCAGCCAAAGAUAAAGAAACAGCUUCUGCCAUCAAAUCCAGUGAGAUCCCUCGAGAUUCAGUAGUUCGCAAGCAGUAUAUUCAACAACCAACUGAUCUUAGUGUAGAUUCCAUUGAACUGACACCAAUGAAGAAACACCUGAGCCUGCCUGCUGGCCAGGUGGUGCCAAAAACCAAUAGUUUAAGUCUAAUCAGGACAGCCAGUGCUUCCUCAAGUAAAUCAUUUGACUAUGUAAAUGGCAGUCAAGCAAGUACCAGCAUUGGGGUUGGCACUGAGGGAGUUACUAAUCUAGCAGCUAAUAAUGCUAAUCGAUAUUCAACUAUCAGUCUACAGGAAGACCGGCUAGGUCAAGCUGGUGAAGGUAAAGAGCUCCUCAGCCCAGGAGCCCCUUUAACCAAGCAGUCUCGAUCCCCAAGUUUCAAUAUGCAGCUAAUAUCCCAGGUGUAGUUUUGACAUCCUCUCUUCGCUUACCUUUUAAAUGGAACAUUUCAUUGUAUAAGAAGACACUCAUCCCACAUUGUGAAAAUAUUGGUCAUUGUAAUCAGAUUUGAUUUAGUUUAGGUAUCUUCAUACUGUAUUUUGUAUGAAAACAGCAAUAAGGUUUUCUUUUCCCUCCUUCCUAUAUCUUCUCUUCACCUGUACCUUGUAAAUGUGUUUGUGAAGCAGUAUAACACGUUUGCCUUUUCCAUGCCUUCCUUUUUCCUUGGGUGAUGUGCAAUCCAUCAUAGGCUGAUUGGUCCCAUUUCAACACUGUGAGACUGAGGAUACACUAGAGGAAGUGGUGUAUAUGAUCCUUAUGAUUCUUUGGCUUUUGUUCAAAAACAAGACAAAACGGGUUUGUUCACAUAAUCUAUAGAACUAUGAAGAUUACCGGAUCAUAUUUUUUUCUCUCUUAACCAGGAGUGCCUCAGAGGUUCUGCUAUGACUUGGGACUUCUCUGAGUCUGUGCAAUCAUUUUCUUGAGAAGCAUGGGGAAAGGUGGUGGACUGCUGCACUUUUUCAUUAAAAUGAGGGUAGCUCUUUUUUCCCCCCAUUUUCUUUAUCCCAAGGACUUAGUUGUUCAGUUACUGAGGCAUUUAAAUCAAUUUGUAGCCACCUCCUUUGGGAGGGUGCGGCUCUAAGUUGAUUGUGUAAUUGAUAAUGCACUUUCUCAAUGGCUCUCUAGUCAUUAUUAACAUGUCUUCCCUCUUCCCACAAGGACUUAAGAUCAUUUCUGUCCUUAAAUUUUGAACAGCUAACAAAUCAGAGAAUUCAAGGAGCAUGUUCUAUUUCCCAGGAAUGAUUGACACUUUGGUGCUGGGGUUUUGUUGGGGGAGGGGUGGUUUUUGUUUAGCUUGUUGGAAUUGUGUCUGAGGGGGGUUUUGCUUGGUGUUUUCUUUUCUUUGUGAGCUGAUGAUGACUGAAGUAGAACUGUACGUCUUCAGGUAAAGAGAGGGAUUUCUCAAUCCACUUUCUGUGAUGUUAGACUCUUGGAGAAACCCUUUCAGCUGCUUUCUAGAUGUACCUAAAUUCAGUCAGACAUUUUGGAUUAAUAAACCUAAAGUCCUGAUAGAUCAUAUACUCCAAGGAAAUACAUCAGGGACAGAUAGUUGGCUGAAAACACUGACGCUUCAAUGUGACACAUUUUUAUAGAACAUUUCUACCAGGGGGUACUGACUUGAUUUCUCCUAUAAGGACUACACUGCCUUUGUGUUUAGUAUAAUGCAGUUUGUGUAUCUUCUAAUCUGCAAAGUUUCUCAUUUUUAUAAAACUUUGAAAUCAUGCCAGUAAGCUAGAUGUUGAAUGUAUGUAAGUAGCAUUUGGUAACUGCUAUAAGGCUACAGAAGUACAUUAUUGAUUUUAAAACAUUUUUUUAAAUUCUGAUUUGAUUGAUAAGAUUUAUUAUAACCUCUUCUGGGUCUCGAGCUCUAAUGUUUGAAAAAGAAGGGAAUAUACUUGGUUUUUGAAAAUCAGUAUUGUGACUUGAACUGCUAUAAAUUAUCCUUCCACAAAAUACAGUUGUUAGUGCUUUGUACAUUUACUUUAUUAUUGUGAAAGAAAAAUGAGUUUAUAGAAAGCAAGUAUUCUCCUUAUUAAUGGUUUUAAGUUUUAUCUCUACCAAUUGAAAUUACAAAUAAUUCUGUGAUAAUAACUAAGAAAAUGCCUUUUUUUUCCCACACCUAAAAUCCCCCUGUUGUUUUCAGUUGUAAGAGCAUUAAAAAAAAAAAAAAACAGGGACUUUAUGUUAGCAUGUUCAUAAGGAUUUUAAUUUGGUGGUCUGUAACAUUUUUCAACUCAUAUGAAAAUGAAAAACUAGAAUCUGAACUAGUAUCCAGAAUAUUGCCAAAGUCCAGGUAAAAGUUGAUGGUUUAUUUAUAUGUGUAUGGUAUGUAAAUAUAUCACAAAGAUAUAUUUUAAAUAUUUAAGAGAUGCCAGAUAAGUGAAAAGAAAAUUUUAAACAGCCAAAAUAAAUGAGGCAUACAACUUUAUAGCAUACUAAAGAAAGCAAAGUUUCAGGUAUGUAAGGAAAGGAAUAUUGUACUCACCAGGGAAUGAGAUCUUGGCUAUGGCCAGAGUUUCCUCAUUUUAUGGCAAAAAUACCUGGUUUAUAUAGGCUGUUUUUAAUUCAACAAGUUGUGCACAUAUUGGCAUCUAAAUCAAGCAUUUGAAUUAAAAGCACAAAAGAAAUACCAAAUAAAUGAAAUUACAGUAAAAGCUAUAAUAAAAAUUCUCUUUAAGAAUUCCAUUAAGAUCAUAUUACUAGAAAGCAAACUAAAUGUGUAGCUAAAAGUUAAAUUUAACUUAGGAGAGACUUUUAAAUAUGAAAAUAUUUUAAGAAAUCAUUUGUUAUAUCUGCAAAAUUAAUUUGAAAUUUUUUCGUCUUGCUACGAUGUGCAGUAGCCUGUAAUCACAGAACUAGGGAGAUUAAGGCAGGAGGAUGGCAAGUUGAAGGCCAGAAUUAGAAGCUUAAAUUAACAAGACCCUGUCUCA